CACUUUCACAGUGUACGCGUUUUCAAAACUCAAGUGGGUCUAAAUUAGCUAGCAAAUAUAAGAAUAAGAGAACAUAGUUUUGGUUUUGAUGUUUAUCCAUUCAAAUAUUCAAACUAUUAUUUAUUUUUUUCUUCUUCUAAAAUUGUUAAGCUUUGGUUUCUUUGAAAAGUUGUAAACUUUUUUUCGCUCCGAUUGAUCAAACUCUUAUGAUCAAAGUUGUGGUGUUCGUGAUUUGAUAUACUUUGUUUUGAAUAAGAAUGGACCAGAAAUGGAAACCGGGCCAUGUGGUUGGUGUCAUGGUGAUGUGCUUCUUUUUGAGUCAGAAUUUGUGUUUGAGUUGGUGUCUCAAUGAUGAAGGUUUGGCGCUGUUGAGUUUAAGGGAGAGAGUAGUGAAUGACCCAUUUGGCGCUUUGUUGAAUUGGAAAGAGGAAGAUGGAGUGAUUAAUCCAUGUUCUUGGUAUGGGGUUGAGUGCUCAGAUGGGAAAGUUGUGGUCUUGAACUUGAAAGAUCUUUGUCUUGGAGGAACACUGCCAACUGAUCUUACAAAGCUAGUCCAUAUAAAGUCUAUUGUUUUGCGCAAUAAUUCUUUUACUGGAAUUAUUCCUGAAGGAAUUGGUGAGUUGAAAGAGUUGGAGGUGUUAGAUUUGGGAUACAAUAAUUUCUCCGGACCACUCCCAGCUGAACUUGGCAGUAAUCUUUCACUGACAAUCCUCCUAGUGGACAAUAACAAGCUUCUUGGUAGCUUAUCUCCUGAGAUUCAUGAACUUCAGUUGCUUUCUGAAUCUCAAACAGAUGAAAAUCAGCUUUCCAAUGUGGUUAAAGGAUUAUCUUGCCAUGAAAGACCCCUUGCUUGGAGUAUUUCCCAAAGUGAAGACACAUUUCACAGGAGAUUGGCACAAGAAACUGAAAUCACUGUAGACAAGCCCCGUGCAACAAGAGUAGAACCAACUUCCUCAUCCCCAUUCCCAUCCCCAUCCCCAUCCCCAUCCCCAUCCUCAUCCUCAUCACCAUCACCAUCAAUUGUGCCAAAGUCAGAAAUGUCUGCCCCUGCUCCAACUGAUUCCUCUACAUCUUCUCCCCAACCUGAUGUAGUGCCUUCUUCCCCAGAAAACCAGAAAAAACAUAGACAUUGGUCUUUAAUAUUGGCUGGAUCAAUAGGGGGUUCCCUCUUUCUUGUAAUUUUAAUCAUUGGUGUAUAUCUAUGUAAAAGCAAUAAGGUUGCUACUGUUAAACCUUGGACCACAGGAUUAAGCGGACAGCUUCAGAAAGCAUUUGUAACUGGUGUGCCAAAGCUCAAGAGAUCAGAGCUUGAAACAGCUUGUGAAGAUUUCAGUAAUGUAAUUGGUUCUUCACCAAUUGGUACAGUUUACAAAGGGACAUUGUCUAGUGGAGUCGAAAUAGCUGUGGCCUCUGUUGCAGCAACAUCUGCCAAGGAUUGGUCAAAGAGUUUAGAAACACAGUUCAGGAAGAAGAUCGACACAUUAUCGAAAGUUAACCACAAGAAUUUUGUCAACCUCCUUGGAUAUUGUGAGGAAGAGGAGCCUUUCACCAGAAUCAUGGUUUUUGAAUAUGCUCCAAAUGGGACACUUUUUGAGCAUUUACACAUAAAAGAGGCUGAGCACUUGGACUGGGGAAUGCGACUGAGAAUUGCAAUGGGAAUGGCUUACUGCCUUGAGCAUAUGCACCAGCUGAACCCACUUAUAGCCCACAAUAACCUGACCUCUUCAUCUAUCUGUCUCACUGAGGAUUAUGCAGCCAAGGUAUCAGAAUUCAGUUUCUGGAAUGACAUGGUUGUAACCGAGAUAGAAUCAGCUGGGUCAAAGAAUUUACAUGCACCAUCAGCUGAUCCAGACUGCAACGUUUACAGCUUUGGUGUGAUAUUGUUUGAAAUGGUUACCGGUAAGCUCCCUUACUCAGUAGAGAAUCCCUCAUUUGAAGACUGGGCAUCGGACUAUUUGAGAGGAGAGCAACCAUUUAGAGAAAUGGUUGAUCCAACUUUGACAUCAUUCCAAGAGGAGCAACUAGAGCUAAUUGGUGAAGUGCUAAAAUCUUGUGUCCAUCCUGACCCUAAAAAGAGACCAGCAAUGAGAGAAGUGUGUACAAAAUUGAGAGCCAUAACUGGAAUAACACCUGAGGGAGCAUACCCAAGACUUUCUCCACUUUGGUGGGCAGAGCUUGAGAUUGCAUCUGCUGAUGCAAGCUAAAGUAUGAAAGUUCAAUUUGGAGAGUAUGAAUGGGAAUUUUAUAAUAGUUGAGUUGGGGGGCUAAACAAGUUGCCCGUUGUUUGAUACACCUUGUAUUUAUCAUAGGAUAAUGCAAAUUUGUAUAUAUAUAACUCAUAUAAAGGGAAGCUGGGGAAUCUUUUUUACUUUGA